AUGUGGCACGAAGCAAGAAAACAAGAGAAAAAAAUCCGUGGCCUAUUGGUUGACUAUCAAAGGCGAGCUCAGCGCCGAAAGGAUUAUUAUGAAAAAAUUAAAGCUGAUCCUACACAAUUUUUACAAUUGCACGGUCGUCAGUGUAAAAUACACAUUGAUCCAGGCAUUGCAAUUGCCGCCAAUAGUCCUGCUACUAUGAUGCCCUGGCAAGGAAAUGAAGAAAUAAUGAUUGACCGGUUUGAUGCACGAGCUCAUCUAGAUUUUAUUAGAGAACCUAAGAAAGAUGAUGAAGAUGAACAAAUGUCUUAUGAAGAACGUCAUUUAAACUAUGAGCGUUAUCGUAUUCUUGUUCAAAAUGAGUUCUUAACAAUUUCUGAAAGUAAAUUUUUACACCAACUCUAUUUGGAAGAAAAAUUUGGCCCUGUAACUAAAACAGAUGCAGAUGAUGCAAAAAAAAAAUCUACUGCUAAUGCUGCUAUUCCGUAUAAAUAUAGCGAUGAAGACACAAUUCAAAUUGAUGAUUCUAGAAAAUAUUUGGAUAUAAAACCUAAAAAUGAUGGUUCCGAUGAAUCAGACGAGGAGAGCGAAGUUGAUUUUGAUUUAUCAAUUGAUGUUAGCAAAAUUGGCACUGACCAAGCAAAUGAGUUGAACUCUACUGCACAUGGUUUUGGCAUGACUACUAAUGAUUUUUAUAGUUUUCUUAAUAAUGAUUUGGAAGAAGCUGAAAACAUUCAAUUAGCUCGUUUAGCCGAAGAAGAAAAGGCUAUGUUUGCUGGACGACGAUCUAGAAGAGAACGUAGAGCAUUUCGAUUAAAAGCUUUAGAAGGCAAAGCAUUAAGUCCACUAAGUUAUGCAACUAGAAAGAGUCCUAGUUAUACUGAUUUUGAUCAACUAUCAUCAAUGAUGACAUCUCGUUCACCCACUCCUGAAAACUCAGGCCAAGUAACUUAUAUAACUAGUUUUGGUGAUGAAGAGCCUACAACGAAUGACAAAUCAAAAACAAGUACAAAAUCAAAAUCUUCAAAAAAUCAUUCAAGGAAGAAACGAAGUUCUCGUUCAAGGUCUCCUCGUCGAAAAUCUAGAUCAUUAUCUAAGGGUCAUAGUCGUCGGCAUAGAUCACGAAGUCGUAAUAAAUCGGUGUCACCUGUCAGGAAUAAUGCACAGUUACCAGUUAAUCAAAAACCACCUCCUGUUCAACGAUAUUAUGGCCGUAGAGGAAAUGAUUCAUCAUCAGAAUUGAGCAUUUCUGAUGAUGAUGACAAAGAUAAAAAUACAAAUAACAUUAAACCUCCAUUACCAGAACUCAGUCUUUCUUCUUCCAGCAAAAAACAAUGCUCAAGUGACAGCAAACCAACUCCACAAGAAUUAAUGAAACGAAAAAUGAAAGUUUUGCUAAACAAACAAUAUAAAGCGGAUAAAAAAGCUCAAAGAGAACGAGAAUUAAAAAUGGAAAGAGAGCAAAUUGAACGAGAAGAAGAAAUCAAAGAAUUGUCAUUGAAAAUGAGGAGAAAAAGACGGCAGUUACGUCAUCCUGAGAAUAGUUCUUCAUCGUCACGAUCUAAAUCUCGUUCAAAAUCUAGUAGUUCUAGUAGUUCAAGUUCAAGUUCUAACUAUUCCAGGUAUCGAAGUCGUAGGCGUAGAUCUAGAUCAAGAAGUGGUGGACACAGAUCUAAUUCAAGAAGUGGUGGACAUAGAUCUACAUCAAGAAGUGGUGGACGCCGAAGGUCUAAAAGUGGUGAUCGACGUCGUCGGUCCAGAAGUGAUGAUAAGAGAUGGUCUAGAAGGAGUGAAGAACGCGAUAGAUAUAGAAGAGAUGAUAGACGGGAUUAUGAUCGUAGAGAUGAUUAUCGUUCUCGCCGUAGUCCCGAUAGAAGAGAUAGAAGGGUAGAUAGAAGAGACAGUCCAAGUAGAAAGGAAAUAAAACAAAGGGAAAGUCCCAUUAAAAAAGAAAUUAAACAGCAAAGGGAGAGUCCAGUUAGGAGGGAAAUUAAGCAAAGGGAAAUUCCAGAUCGUAAUAAAAGGGAAAAUGUGGUUCGUCCAAUUGUCAAAAUAACGUAUGAAGCAAGUCCAAAACGCUAUGUGUCAAGUACCAAAGUACAAUCCAAUUUGAAGCCCCUAGUAGAUUAUGAUUGA